CCAGCGAUGAAAAGAAAGCACCUCAAACCUCUUAUUAACCUUCUAUCUUAUGGGGUACAAAGCAGUUGGAGCAGGCUACAUUUUGAAUUCAAACAUCCAAGCCCCUUUCUUCAGACUUCCCUGUGCUACACCGUCGAAGCUCAGGAACGCACAACGAACACGGAUUCACGCGCACAGUGCAGCAUCUGAGUCUCCUAUUUAUACUGAUAUGGCUGCACUUGGGAAGCCAAAAUUGCUGGACUUGGGCUUGUGGAUCUGUCUCCUGCUCCUCAACCUCUUCCAUCAGACCAGGGCAGUAGUUGGACACAGAGAGCCGCUGCCUGAUGAUAGUAAAGACAAUAUCACUAUUUUCACCCGAAUCCUAGACAGGCUGCUGGAUGGAUAUGACAACAGGCUACGUCCAGGGCUGGGAGAGAGCGUGACAGAGGUGAAGACGAACAUCUAUGUGACGAGUUUUGGGCCAGUGUCAGAUACAGACAUGGAGUACACCAUUGAUGUCUUCUUCCGUCAGAGUUGGCGAGAUGAGAGGCUCAAGUUUGAUGGUCCCAUGCAAGUUUUACCCCUCAACAACCUCCUGGCCAGUAAAAUCUGGACUCCUGAUACCUUUUUUCACAACGGAAAGAAAUCUGUGGCUCACAACAUGACAACUCCUAACAAACUAUUACGACUCGUCGACAACGGCACACUCCUCUACACAAUGAGACUGACCAUUCAUGCAGAGUGUCCCAUGCACCUGGAGGACUUCCCGAUGGAUGCGCACGCCUGUCCUCUGAAGUUUGGAAGUUAUGCUUACACCAAUAAUGAAGUGAUCUACCUGUGGACCCUGGGAGACGAGAAGUCUGUCGCUGUGGCUGAGGACGGCUCAAGGCUGAACCAGUACGACUUACUGGGACACGUUAUUGGCAAAGAAACCAUCAGUUCUAGCACAGGAGAAUAUGUAGUGAUGACAGCAUAUUUCCAUUUGAAAAGGAAAAUUGGCUAUUUUGUGAUUCAAACCUACCUGCCGUGCAUCAUGACUGUCAUACUGUCUCAGGUCUCCUUCUGGCUAAACAGAGAAUCGGUUCCUGCUCGCACUGUGUUUGGGGUCACCACUGUCCUAACCAUGACCACCCUGAGCAUCAGUGCUAGAAACUCCCUUCCUAAGGUGGCCUAUGCCACUGCCAUGGACUGGUUCAUGGCCGUGUGCUAUGCCUUUGUCUUCUCUGCCUUGAUUGAGUUUGCCACAGUCAACUACUUCACCAAGCGCAGCUGGGCAUGGGAUGGGAAAAAAGAGGGCAUGGAAAUAAGGGCAGCUGGCAGCCAUGUUUUCUGUGAGAGUGAGCGUCCAUGUCUCAAGCAGGAACCGUUUCAGGCUAACAUGGAAAGGAUUAAAGAUAUGAGAAGAGAAUCGGCGACUCUGUCCAAAAAGGCCAACAACACCUUCAACAUUGUUGGAACCACCUACGCCAUGAACGUAGCAAAAGACCAAGGUUUAACAACCAUUUCCAAGAGUGCACCCGGAGCAGCGGCCAAACACCACUACCUGCAGAGGAUGGCCGACCCCUACACGGAGGCCAAGAAGUCCUACAACCGUGUCAGCAAAGUGGACAAGAUAUCGCGCAUCAUUUUCCCAGUUCUGUUCUUCAUCUUCAACUUAGGCUACUGGGCCACGUACGUCAACAGAAAGCCCGCUAUCAUGAAGGCUAACAACCUAAACUGAAUUUGACCAAAUGCUGGGCCUGAUCUGGUUUGGUUCAGAAGGUAGACAGGUUUGCAGGAGGCCAAGUCCAUUACAUCUUAUUGUGUAUGUGUGUGUGUGUGUGUGUGUGAGAGUGAGAGAGAGAAAGAGUGAGAGUGUGUUCGUGGAUGUGUUUUGUGUAUCUGUUUUUUCUUAAGAGUUUGAUAUUUUGCACGUCUCUAUAGAUGGAGGACGAAUUUGAACAUACAAUAAAUUCACAUGUAGUCAUGGACUACGGAGGGAGCACAUACUCA